AACCUGAGCUUCUCUCCACAGCUGCUGGAGAAAUAUAGAAUUGAUCACAAAUUCGUCCCGUUUUAUAACGUACGUUGUUCGUAACUGAACGUUUAUCGCUAUGUACAGCGGUCUCCUGCCCAAGGGUUUAACAGAAGACGACCUCAGUCCGGAUGACCAGGAAGAGGAGCGUGGGCGUGAACUCGGGGAAGAAUACGAAGAAAACCCCGUCUUCAAGACUCCGACGGUUAUCGAUGCUCCAAAUGAACCCCCGACAUGCAACCUGCCUGGCAUAUCCCAGGAGACGUGGCAAAAAUUUAAUGAGCUGCGUAAGAAGAAAGACGAGACGAAGAUGACGAAAAUCCCGAGGAAAAAAAGAAGAAAAAACCGACAAUGCAAGAAAGAAGGUGAAAAGCCAACAGAGACGAGAGUGCGUCAGGAGGAGUUGGAGAAGCACUGGAAUGGGCUUAAGCAAUAUUUUGGUGUAAAUGAUCGAUUUCAUCCCCCUGCAUGUUCCAGCCCCCCUCCCAAGUCCGGCCUAGAAAAGAGCAUAGAGAAGGCCAUAGCUGAAGGGGACACUGCAAAGGCGGAGGAGAUGAGCGACAGACUCGCCACUCGAGAGCUGGCUGUGAAAAUCGCCGAAGCCACUGAUUGCCGUGACUUUGUGCAGCGCAAACAGGAAGAGGACGCUUUGAGGGCAGCAAAGAAAAGGAAGAAGCAAAUAGCUUGGGGGUACGACGUCUCUGUCCUCAUGUUUGUGUCUGCCAUCCUAUCUUCCAUGGUGUCAAGCACAGUUCGAGGCAAAAAAACGCUGGGAGACCAAAAGCAACAUGGGCUACAUGUGACCAAGAUGGAAGGGAGGAAGAUUUAUUUUUUAAUGUUAAUUGACUAAAACUCUGUUUCUUAUGACAAACCGAUUUGGUUUAGUUUUAUAUUUUUGCACAUUUAAAAAAAAUUAACACCCGCAAGAGUGUUGUGUUGGCUGAGGGCGGAAUAGAAAAUCCAUCUAAAAGCGAAAAAAAAAUUGGCACAUUCAAAUUAAUUCCCUGUGCGUCCAUUGGAGUCUGCAUUGUGUUAGUUUUCCAUUACAUUUCAGUGAUUCGAGCGUUCUGGCCUUCAAAUUAAAUCUGCUGUACAUUACUGGAUGAUGCGUUUAUUUAUUGCUGUAAAGUGGGUUAAUCAUGAAGGCGCUCCUUUCUUCUCCUGGGGAAGAGAAAGGAAAGAUUAGGCCCCUAAUGCAAUGUACAGGAUAAUGUGCGAUAGGAUUUGUGUGGAGAAAAUGAAAUUUGCCUGAUGUAAAUUGUUGUUAGCUAACAUAAACUGGAAGUUGAGAGAGUGGCUGAGUGAGCGGGGUGCACGAGAGACAUGAUGAAACGGAGGCUUUGCUGUUGGCCGUCUCCCAUGUUGGGAGACAUACUAUUGUUUCUGCGUAUGAACAACAGGCACGCGUUUCUUGAAGCCUCCACUCGGCGCGCUUUGUGCGAUGAGCGCUCUUCAGUAUGUUAACUAGUCUAAAACUGUGACUUUGAUCUUUUUUCCUGCUUUUGCAUAUGAAGCGGCUUAUAAAUGAUCAUUCCGAUUCUUGCCACUGUUAAUUCUAAACAGCUUUGGAACGAUGAUUAUUUAUAUUCAUAGUGCUUAUGUAGUUAUUUUUCCGACUGUGGCAAAUAAUUGCUUGCUUUAAGGUAGCGAAAAUUUUAAUUAAUUCACCUAUGUUAUUGGUAUUGAACAUAUUUGGCUAUUGUGUCCUUUGGUGCAAUGUGAAGAGCUGCGUUGGCUGAAUCAGUAUGCGAGAAACGAACAAAACAUCAGUAGUUAAAGUUUGUGGCCAUUAAUGAUUAUACUGUACAUCAGGUUUCAAGAACAGAAUUAUGCUCAAACGAUUGAAACGCUGAAGUGAAUCUCAUCAAUUUUGUGUGUGCGUGUGAUGCUGUAAAUUGCUCAGAAUAUGUGCUAAUUAAACUAUUAUCGCUGUAAUGAGAUGCGAGUCAAAACUCUGUUCGGCACAUCAAAGUACAACAUGGGAUUUCUUCACUUUGAUGACUGCAAUGAAAAACAUCUUGAGUGAGAAGUGAGGAAACUGAGAUGUUCCGCUAACAGGACCAAAGAAAGUUGCAUUUUUGAGCCUUCAAAAGUUUUGAAUGACUUUGGCUUUCUGCAUUACUGAAGGGGCGUCGUCUCCAUCUCGCUGUUCAUUUUGCUGCAUCUCAGUAGACCUCAGUGUUUUCCUGUGAAAUGUUACCCCUCCCCAAAAAAAAACAAUAAAAACAAACAAACAAAAAAUCACUUAAAAAUCCCAGACAUAGCGGGGGAGUGAAUGAUGAACCAAAAUAUCACAAUUCA